GCCUAACGGAGGCCUUGGGCAAGGAACGAAUUGCCCUGGGUCGCUCCAUCAUGGACGAGCACGCGUAUGAGGAACUCGCACACAACCACACCGCUGGUAAAGACCAGAAUGUGGCCAUUGCCAGCUUUGAAGGGGCUCUGGAGGAUCUCAAUGCGCAGAAGGAGAGUGCGUACAAGACACUUGGUGAACUACAGAACCAGCAGAUGCAGCUCAAGGAGUUGAUAGGCACCAGGCACGACCAGAUGGCUAGCAAACAGGCCAAACUAGCCGUGUGGAAUGCCCUGACACCAGCGCACGUGGACGCCAUGCAUGACGAACUGUUGCUCGAGACCACACUGCAACAGUGGUACCCCCAGAUUGUCGACCCCGAGCUCGUGGUCUUCGCCCUCCAAGAAGGAGCAUUCCUCAUCUACGUGAGCAUGCAUCCAAAAAUAGCCACCAAUGAAAAGUCGCAGCGUAUCGCCUCCAUCGGUGUGGAGCAGACUCACUUGUCGCAGGAAACCAGCUCAGACCUUCUCAAAGUGUUAUUGGACUGUGGCCUCUUUGACGAUCUCACAGACAGGUUCACCACUUCGGAACAACUACCUGAGCUGCUGGAAGAACUGUCCUUUGCUCUGGAGCGUGUCAAAAAGUUGGCCAAUGAAAUUGACGGACUUCGCAAUAUGUACCACAUGACUGUCGAUCCUGCCGCAAGUGAGAGUAGAGGCUGUGUUGAUCUGCAAGUGGAUAUCAUCAGAGCGAGCAAGGGCGUACGCGUGACACUGGCAUUUAAAGACAUUGGCAUCUGCAGUAUCCAGGCACUGCAUCUGAACACAUCACUCGUUGCCGUAGGACCGGUGUGGUAA